AUGAUCUGUGCGCCUCAAUCCCCGGCAGCCUCUGUGUUCGGCCGGCCAUCCUCCUGUUCCUCCCGAAGGACCACGGUCCGCUGCGCGGUUGCCGUCUCGUCGGCGCCGCCGGCAGGCAGGUGCACGCUCUACGAGGUGCUUGGACUCCGGGCCGGCGCGACUGGCGGCGAGAUCAAGGCCGCGUACAGGCGCCUGGCGAGGGAGCUGCACCCUGACGUUGCCGGGGCGGCCGGCGACGACUUCAUCCGGCUCCACGACGCCUACGCCACGCUCGCCGACCCGGACGCCCGCGCGCGCUACGACCGCGACGCCGUCGCCCAGGCCUACGCGCAGCCGCCCGCCUCCAGGCCUUCGCCGCACAGCGUCUGGGGCCGGCCUCGACGCACAUGGGAGACAGACCAGUGCUGGUAGAUCUGACCUCCGCCCUUGGGACCGGCGAAUACCGCCGCCCGCGCCGCACUCCUUGGCCGCUCACCUGAGAUUUUUUUGUUACGGUGACCACCCCAUGCGUCUCUGUACAUGUAUGUAACCAUCGGCAUCUUCUCGUCUGCCCUUCUGAGUGUGCACUAAUCUUCAGGAGCUUCUGUAGGUAGAA